AAUUUCUUAAUGAAUGAAUUCCAAGAUUUUUGCAAUAAUCUCUUAUGAGUCAAGAAUUCGUCUAAUUACCUGCAUAUCAGAGACAAUUUCCAACCUUAUCAGGUUUCUGUGGCUCAUUCCAUGAAAUUGUGAUUAAAUCUUCUUUUCACCUCCAUAGCAUUAAUAUCGUAGACUAGAAAAGCAAAAAGCAAAAUUCCAAAAAGAGAGGGGGAAAACCCAAACUCCAUACCCAACCCGAUCCAGCUCCCCCAAAAAAACCGGUCAAAACUCUGGUCAUGGGUUUCUCAACCCUAUCCAGUGAGAAUCGAGCACGUGUAAUGACUCCCCAGGAAUCCAAUGACAGAACUACUUUCUCACUUCCCCACCUAUCCUAGCUAUUCCUAUAUAUAAAACGGUCUCAUAUCCUAGCUUUUUACCACUACUACUACUACUACUCUCGAGCGAGCAACGGAAUAAUAUGGCGCCAAAACACAGCUCCCUGCUAGCUCUCAUUUUCCUGCUGCUCCUCUCCAUCAAGCACUGUUCCGGUGGCGGUGGGCAUGACUACCAUGACGCUCUCCGAAAAAGCAUCCUCUUCUUCGAAGGCCAACGCUCAGGCAAACUUCCCCCCGACCAACGUAUCAAGUGGCGUAAAGACUCCGCAUUGCACGAUGGUGCCGACGCCGGAGUGGACUUGACAGGAGGUUACUAUGAUGCCGGGGACAACGUGAAAUUCGUGUUCCCGAUGGCGUUCACGACCACAUUGUUGUCGUGGAGCAUAAUAGACUUCAAAAAGAACAUGGGAAGCGAGCUGGGCAACGCUGUGAAGGCAGUCAAGUGGGCCACCGAUUUCCUGUUAAAAGCGACAGCAAAGGAAGGCGUCAUAUACGUGCAAGUGGGCGAUGCAUUUUCUGACCAUAACUGUUGGGAGAGGCCAGAAGAUAUGGACACUUUGAGAAGUGCUUACAAGAUUGACCAGAACCAUCCAGGAUCAGACGUCGCCGGUGAGAUCGCCGCUGCAUUGGCCGCCGCAUCCAUCGUCUUCCGCUCAAUCGACUCUCCUUACUCUACUCUCCUACUUGAUCGUGCUGUUAAAGUAAGUCACAGCGGGGCCCCCUCUUUACUCUUUUUAGCUUUUCCCUUUUCGCCUUUUUUAUUUUUGGAAUAACUACACUUUGCUUGUCUAUAUUCGAGGUUUUCUCUUUUCAUUUUACUUUUGGAAUACCAUACUAGCUAGUACUAGUUAAAAUGAAACACUGAUACUUAUAUUUCUUUGCAUAUAAGGUUAAUACUGUCAUCGUGAAAGAGUAGUUCGUUCUAAUUUAUAUGACAUUUUUUUAUUUUUUAGUCUGUCCCAAAAAUAAUACUAACACAUCUCUAAAUUUAAAAACAUUUCAUCUUUAAAAGUUUACCCUAUUUCGGAUAAAUUUAUAGCCACAUACCUUGAUCAAAGAUAAAUUUAUAGCCACAUAACAUUUUAAGGUUUAUUUCAUACCAGAGGCUUAAGAAUUAUUAUUCUUUGUGUUUAAACUAUAUGAUCAGUCAAACACUAUCACAUAGAAUUUGUCCUCGAUACUAAAACUAGAUGUCCAAUGAAGAUAGAAUUUAACACUUAAUUUCUAAUUUACCUUUAUUAUUUAUUAUAAUCACUUAUUAAUGCAUUUCCCAAAAAUAUUGUAUUUAUUAUAUUUAAAGGGUGAUAGAAUAAAAUUGUCAUUCUAUUUUUGGCUUCUUAAUAGACACGCCAAGUCAAUAUUUAAGAUUUGCACAAUCCACAUACGCAACUUGUCUUACGUGCUUUCAUCUUAUUUUACCUUUUUUUUUUAAAAAAAAAAUGGUGAUUCGUGAGAUUAUGUAUUAUUGCGUGUAAUUAGCAAGUAUACGGACAUGAAGUUUAAGAGAGUAUGCAAAAAUAUAAUUUAUGAACUCCAGGAUAGGUCCAUCAGGGUUGAUUCAUUCUCUAAAGUCUCAAAAGCGAAAUGCUUUGGGCAGUGUUGUGUUAGUGUCCUUUUCUGGAUAAUGAUCUGGCAUUAAAUAAGUUUGUUGACUCCUCCCAAGGAUUUGAUGCCUUUGCAUAUAAACUUGAAGCCAUUUUCCUUUGUUUUUCUUUUAUCCGUUUUGGCAAACUGAAAACAAAGUCACUAUAAUCAUUUUUGCAUGUGAAUAGAUGGUGUGAACAAAGACUUGCGGGAAUUCAUCAAGUAUAAACAACAUCUUGCUAUUGGAAAAUAAUGAGAUUGCACUACAACAAAAUAUGCUUUUAACGGAAAUUAAUUUGCGGCAAUAACUUAAUAACCGCUAAUUAUAUUCUAGAAUCAAUUAUUACCGGCAAUAUCAAACUUCAGCCCUAACAAUAAAUGCCACUAAAGGCUUUACCGAUCUUGGAUGCAAUGACAUUAACCAAUUGCUGGUAAAUAUCUUUGUGGCAAUAACUAUUGCCGCUAAAAGGAAAAUAUAUUGCUACUAAAAAUCUCUUUUAGUGUAGUGUUGAUGCACAUGCAUUUUGAUCUAUAUAUGUUAGCAUUUGAAUUUGAUGAAUAUAUUUAUGUAUAUAGUCACAAAAAUUAGUUUGUUGAACAAAGACACAGCUUGAUCACCACAUUGCAAAUGUCACUAUCAACCAGCAGAAAAAGGUAAAG